UCUAAAAAUCAGAAGAAGAAACUAUUUACUGACAUAACCUUAAAUUAUAACUAUUUAAAGUUAAAAAAAUGAACGUUUUCAAAAGAACUAGUAUCGAAUUUGUAAAAUGUUUGAAUCAGACUACAAAAAGUUAUACAAACAGACCAAUAGUUACGUAUAAUAGUGCUAUAUCCCUUAAGAAUCUGUAUCCGAAUAGUAGUUUGAAAAUAACGACACCCAAGAUACCAGAUCAAAACACAAAUGGAUUUACUGGGUUUAUUCCAAUGGAGGAAUUACAAAUAACAUUCAGUAGAAGUUCAGGUCCGGGUGGUCAAAAUGUAAAUAAAGUUAACACUAAAGUUGAUAUAAGAUUCCAUUUAAAAUCGGCGAAAUGGUUAAAUGAAGAAGAAAAACAAAAAAUGUUCGAGACGUUCGGUCAAAGGUUAACACAAGACGGUUACUUAAUAUUCAGAUCAGAUUUAACAAGAUCCCAACAACUAAAUGUAGCGGAUUGCCUCGAAAAAAUUAGAAAAGCGGUAAGAAGUGCAGUGGAAGUUAAACAGGAACCUAGUCCAGAAAGUCAAGAACGUGCUAGAAGAAGGCUGGAAAGAGCUUCUAAAGAGAGAUUGUUGCUCAAAAGACAAAGGUCUCAAAUUAAACAGGACAGAAGAGAUACAAUCGAAAUGUAGUUAUGAUGAUAAUUAAAAAAUGAAUAAUCAUGUAAUUUUGAAAGAUUUUGUUUUUUUAUUAAAUUUAUCAGUAUUAAUUAGUAUUUGUUAUAUAAUAACAACUUAUAUAUUUUUACAUUUUUUAAAGUGGAAUAUAGUUAUACGAGGAAUGUUCAAAAAGUAACAGACAUUUUCUAGGGAUAUUUGUGUAAAUAUUCAAAAUGGCGUCAUGCAAGAUAGAUAGAUAGAAAUUACUAAUACACCUCGUAAUAUAUUAUUUUGCAUUUUUUUUAUAGUCGAGGGGAUUAUGAACAAUAGUGGUAUUUUUUACAAUUUGCUGAAUAUUAAGUAUGAUAGGCACUAAACGCAAUUAUGUAAAAAGUAAAUUUUAGUUUAUAUAAAAUUAUACAAUAACCUUUUGAUUUAGAAAACUUAUUUUUUACUAUAGAAUGAAAUUAAGUCUCUUAUAGAUGCAAUGGCUUGUUGAAACUGUCACGGCAGGCCAUUGUGUAGUGUUGGCUUAUAGUACAGGAAUUUUAGAUAAAAAACCACUGCAAGUGGAAAAAAUUACAGAGUUUAUCCAGAAUUUCAUGCUCAUUCAGAAAAUCACAAAAUUAUAAAAAUGGGACGUUGUCAAAACUUGAUUUUCAGACAAUUUCCUUUGACCAGUUUUAAUGUAGAGUUUGCAUAUAAGAGAGGUAGAAACAAAUUUGGUCAAAAAGGAACGUAAUUUUAACCCCUGCAAUACUAUAUGUAUAUAUUUCAUUCAAUAAUUACAUUUUUUUUAAAUAUUUUAUUCAUUAAAUUCACUUACCUUUAAAUAAACUAAUUCUUAUUGCUAAAUUA